CAGCCGCCAUGCUGGGUAUAUAUAUACUCACUCAUUCCCGCUUCACUCCUUCAUCCGCUCUUUCAAACACUCUUUCAUCUUCAAAACUUCUUCCUCUGUGCUAAUUCGUCAUAUUGUAGUCUUGGACGUUCAAGCUUUCAAGCAAGCACGCCUAAAAAUUUAUUCGCCGGACGAUGUAUGGUCCAACCGCAAGCUUCGACUACAACCCAAAUGGCAUCAGUGGUCGCUGUCAUCCAGGUCGGGACCUAGUGGUGGCUCGGGCGUGGAACGUUGGUCCUGUCUUGCAGGUGUCGCUAGCUUCCAUCCCGUUCGCUCCUCAGUGCCCGUUGGGUCCGAGGUGGUAUCGUCGCAUUUAGUCUGCCUCCUCGGCGCCAAGAGGCUCAAAAAGCCGAGGUCGUCAGCGCGAAUCCGUGAUCAUCGCCGGAACCUAGAACUCGAGUUCGUUGUUGCAGUUUGCCCAGUGGAUGUGACUACGAGCCAGUUGAAUUCUGGCCAGAAAUCCUGGAUCGUUCAACUCAUCCCACAAUCUUCCUAUCUCCCUUCCGUCUGUGGUGGGAGUUGCCGCCUUCAAUCUGAGGGCGUAUACCAUCCAGUCUACCAGUUGCAGAGGCUGUGGAUCGUAUCUUGAAUGAGGAGGUCGAUGUCAUCAUCGGUCCGCAUAUAUGCACGUUUCUUGCCAACUUGAAGCCACCCCAUGCCCAUUAGUCAGACUGUCACAAAUUGACAAUGGCUUUAUGUGGUAACAUUACUCGUAGUGUGGCUUCCCUUAAGUCCGCUCCCGGACAAUACGUGGUGGCACAGAGAGAUAUCGACUUAUGAGUAGUUUUCCUAUUACUUCGAUGUCUCUUCCAGCAAUAUCCGCUGCACGGACAUACGUGUUGAACAUUUCAGCCGUAAAAUAUGCGAUUUUUCAUCAAACUUUGGUACUGGUCAAGAUGAGCUUGGUUCGGCAUCGGCCAAGGUAUGGCACCUUGUGCGGUGACUACGUCCAUCACAUCUCGCAGAAAUAGCUCGAAUGACUUUGUAUAAAACUCGCGUCUCCAUGAUACCCUGAGAUCCGGAAAUAUACAAUCGCCGAGGGCGAUGAUUCU